AUGGUCUCGGAGGAGAUAGGAUGGCAAGAGGCAGACAAAGUAAAGCACGACUGUUACGGAUACCUGAUUAGCACUCGGGGUGUUGUUACUUCUGCAUCUUGUCUUCUAGAAAAGACCAAACUGCCAAAUCUAGUACGAUUGGGAGGCCUGGGAUUCUCCGGCGGUUCUCAAACAAUUCGAAUCGAGAAAGUAGAAAUAUACCCAAAGUAUAGUAGAGUCAAUCGACAGAAUAACGUCGCUGUAGUGAAGCUGGAAUCACCCGUUGAACCAUCGGAGCAAGUCUUCCCCGGAUGUCUAUUGCAGGAUGUCACUCAUUCGCCACUUCUGCAACAGGUGUAUGAUUUUGAUUCUAACGAAUAUUUCUCUAUUCAUCCAAUAUACAAAAGUGACUGCGAUUCUGUAGCCGAUGAUCCAAUUUUUCAAGCACCAGAAACAACUUGUAUGAAUCCGGGAUGGAUCAAAUAUAACGUAAGAUAUUCGACAGGCCUGGGAUACCUCUUAGAAAGAGUAAAUAGCUUUGCCAUGAAAUCUCUAUGCUUUCAAAGGGGCAAUCCAGUGAUCUGGAGAAACUUUACACGAAACAACACGUACACCGAAUACAUAGUCCAUAUUUACAACCAUGGUAAAUGCAAUGAUACGUUCAUUCGUAUUGUUGAGCGCGUCGCCAUGUAUAUCGAUUUGUUUAAGAAAGCACUUGUAUAA